GGCCAGAAAGUUCCUGCUUCAGAGCAGAAGAUCUGCAGCAAGAACUACAAAGAAGAAAAGAUUCUGGAGAAUUAAUCAAGUUUCCUGUCAAGUUCCAGUAACAUUUCUGUCUUAACUGCACACAGGAAAGAUGAAACACAUUCUCAAUCUGUAUGAAAACAUCAACAGUACAGCAAGAAAUUACUCGGACUGUCCUGCUGUGAUUUUGCCAGAAGAGAUAUUUUUCACAGUAUCCAUUGUUGGAGUUUUGGAGAACCUGAUGGUCCUUCUGGCUGUGGCCAAGAAUAAGAGUCUUCAGUCACCCAUGUAUUUUUUCAUCUGCAGCUUGGCUAUUUCCGAUAUGCUGGGCAGCCUGUACAAGAUUUUGGAAAACGUUCUGAUCAUGUUCAGAAACAUGGGUUACCUCGAGCCUCGAGGCAGUUUUGAAAGCACAGCAGAUGACGUGGUGGACUCCCUGUUCAUCCUCUCCCUCCUUGGCUCCAUCUGCAGCCUGUCUGUGAUCGCCGCUGACCGCUACAUCACAAUCUUCCACGCUCUGCAGUACCACCGCAUUGUGACCCCACACCGCGCCCUCGUCGUCCUGAUGGUCCUCUGGGCAGGCUGCACAGGCAGUGGCAUCACCAUUGUGACCUUCUCCCAUCACGUCCCCACGGUGAUCGCCUUCACAGCGUUGUUCCCUCUGAUGCUGGCCUUCAUCCUGUGCCUCUACGUGCACAUGUUCCUACUGGCCCGCUCCCACGCCAGGAGGACCUCCUCCCUUCCCAAAGCCAACAUGAGAGGGGCCAUCACACUGACUGUCCUGCUCGGGGUCUUCAUUUUCUGCUGGGCACCCUUUGUCCUUCAUGUCCUCUUGAUGACAUUCUGCCCAGCUGACCCCUACUGUGCCUGCUACAUGUCCCUCUUCCAGGUGAAUGGUGUGUUGAUCAUGUGUAAUGCCGUCAUCGACCCCUUCAUAUAUGCCUUUCGGAGCCCAGAGCUCAGGGUCGCAUUCAAAAAGAUGGUUAUCUGCAACUGGUACCAGUAGAAUGAUUGGUCCCUGAUUUUAGGAGCUACGGGGAUAUACUGUCGGGGACAGAGUAGCGUGACAGACCAACAACACUAGGACU